AUGAUACACACAGAAUUUCAUAGUAGUCAUUUAUAUCCUAUGGAAGCAAGAAAAAAUGUACAUGACAAACAACGACUGGAGCCCGUGAUCGUUAUUCGAGGUCAAGGCCUCACAUUGGAACAUGCAGUACAAGUUUCUCGUCGUUAUCGACAAGUAAAACUGACUGAUGAUACGAAUGUUUGUACUCGAAUGGAUCAAUCGGUUGAUGUUCUGGAAGAAGUCGUUAAGGCUGCUUUACCGCUAUAUGGUGUCACUACUCUAUUCGGUGGACUCGCUACGGAAGUUGUUUCGAAUGACGUAGCGACAGAAUUACAAAAUAAUUUAGUUCGUGUUCACACAGCAGGUGCUGGCCCGAUUAUGCCAUUAGAAUCAAUUCGAGCAGCGAUGCUUUUGCGAGCGAAUACUCAUUUAAUUGGUGCAUCUGGCAUUCGUCGACAAUGGGAUGAGAAGCUGAUUCGAUUUCUUAAUGAAGAAGUGACACCACUCGUACCAGUAUUUGGUUCAAUAGGAGCAUCAGGUGAUCUUAUUCCAUUAUCUUACAUUGCCUCUGCUAUCUCCGGUCAAGAUGAACAUGUUAAAGUCGAUUUUAAAGGUGAAACAAUCAGUGCUCCAGAAGCUUUGCAAAAACUUGGAUUAAACAUUGAGAAAUUCAAUCCAAAAGAAGGUUUAGCUAUGAUCAACGGAACAAGUGUAAUGACCGCAUCAGCAACACUCGCUGCUUAUGAUUUAUACACAUUGAUGGCUGCUUCGCUCCAUAUUCAUGCCAUGGCUUUUCAAGCGCUUGCGGCUAACAACCAACCAUUACAUCCAUUUUUUUAUCAAGUCAGAAGCCAUCCAGGGCAGAUUGAAGUAACCGAUGCUUUACUAGAACUCAUUAAUGGUUCGAAAAUGAUCUAUAAUGGGCUGGAUGGCAAAUUGACCAAACGCAGUGAAGAUGAGCCAAUUCAAGAUCGUUAUUCAAUACGAUGUUGUCCACAGUUUCUUGGUCCAAUGGUAGAAACAAUGCAUGAUAUUUCUCGAACAAUUGAAAUCGAAAUUAAUUGCGCUAAUGAUAAUCCUUUGAUUGAUGUUAAUACUCGUAAAAUCUACUGUGGUGGAAAUUUUCUUGGUGAACAUGUAAGUAUAGCGAUGGAUCGACUUCGACAGACAGUUGGUUUAAUGGCAAAACAUUUGGAUGUUCAAAUCGCUCAAUUAGUGACACCGGAAUUCAAUAAUGGUUUACCUGCUUGCCUUGUUGGUAAUCAAAAUCGUGAAGUUAAUUUAGGCGUCAAAGCUCUUCAAAUUUGCGGUAAUUCUAUUAUGCCUUAUUUACUUUUUCUUGGAACACCGAUGGCUGAUAAGUUUCCUACACAUGCCGAACAGUACAAUCAAAAUAUUAAUUCAAUGGGUCAUAUGUCGGCAUGUCUCGCUCAUCAGUCAAUUGCUACUUUUCGGCAACAUUUAAGUAUUUGUCUUCUCAUUUGCGUUCAAGCACUUGAUUUACGAGCAAACAAAAUUACAAAAAACAACUACGAUGCUCGUUCAUUACUAUCAGACAAAAGUCGAACUGUAUAUGAAGCUGUUCGAUCUAUUAUUAACGUACCUAUUGAUGAAAAACGUUCUUAUAUUUGGAAUGAUGGAGAACAUGCACUCGAUAAACACAUUGCUUUGAUAAGUGAAAAUCUUACUAUGAACGAAGAUGGACCUCUUUUUAAAGCCAUAGAACCAACCAUUGUUUGGCUACGUUCAAAACGUUAUUCUAAUGAAGCACGACGAAUGCCAUAA